AUGGAAACUACCAGUAACAUCACUGAAUUUAUAUUAUUAGGACUUUCUCAAAACAAGAAUAUUAAAUAUUUUUGCUUUCUAUUAUUCUCACUUUGUUACAUAGCUAUUUGGAUGGGAAUCCUUCUCAUUGUGAUUUCUAUUAUAUGCAGCCAACUUAUUGACCAGCCCAUGUAUUUCUUCCUUAAAUACCUUGCUCUCUCAGAUCUGUGCUAUACCUCAACAGUGACACCCAAGCUAGUGACUGACUUGUUGGCAGUAAUUAACACAAUUUCUUAUACUUCCUGCAUGACACAGCUCUUUGCCAUGCACUUCUUUGGGGGGAUUGAGAUAUUUCUCCUCACAGCAAUGGCCUAUGACCGCUACGUGGCCAUCUGCAAGCCCCUGCACUACACUGUCAUCAUGAGCAGGCCAAGGUGCAAUGCCAUGGUCAUCGCUUGCUGUGCUGGAGCAUUUCUGCAUUCCUUUCUCAUGUUCCUUCUUACCAUCAACUUACCCUUCUGUGGCCCCAAUGAAAUAGACCACUAUUUCUGUGAUGUGUAUCCUUUGUUGAAGCUGGCCUGCAUCGACACAUACAGAGUUGGGAUCCUAGUGGUUGCCAAUUCUGGGACAAUGGGUUUGGUGGCCUUUGUGAUCUUGAUGCUGUCUUAUUUUUUGAUAUUGUAUACCAUUAGGGCUUACCCAGCAGAGAGCCGCGGUAAAGCUCUUUCCACGUGCAGUUCCCAUAUAGCUGUUGUGGUUUUGUUCUUUGUGCCUGUCCUCUUCAUCUAUAUUCGACCAACGGUAACUUUUCCAGAAGACAAAGUGUUUGCACUUUUUUACACAAUCAUUGCCCCCAUGUUCAACCCUCUGAUCUACACGCUGAGAAACAGGGAGAUGAAGAGCGUAUUGAGAAAAGUGUGGUGCCAGAAACCGUUUCUGAUUGGAAGACAAAUUUUCUGA